AUGAUACAGGGUGGGUGUGUGAUUGGUGUGGGUAUGGGGAUGGGACGCUCAACCACCCCAAACAUACCCCUCGUUAUUCCACCGCCGUUGAUAGGUAGAUCUGGUAGUUUAAGCGAGAGUUCCUAUGCUGGCAGUGGACGACGGUGGGCUCUCGACAAUGUAUGUCUGGGAGAUGAUGACACCGUACAUGAAGCUCAGGCAUAUCAGCAGAAAUUGAUGCAAUUUUUAAUGGGUUUAAAUGAAACUUACAGUGCAAUUCGUGGACAAAUUCUUCUGAUGAAUCCUUUCCCUUCAAUCCGUCAAGCCUAUUAUUUGGUUUCUCAGGAAGAGAAAAAAAGACUCCUUAGUGCCACACAAACGGCAACCGACAUUGGUAGGAGCGCUGCUAUGGCGGUGCGUCACAACAAUGGUGGAAAAAUGCAAUUUUCGACAGGAGCAGAUUGCCCAGGAGUUCAUUCAUCUCAGGUAUCGGAGGUGCCACACAACAAUGAAGGGAAACCUGCAUUUCAUUAUCAGAAGCCCAACUCAAGCAACUUUUAUGACUUCUUAACAAUCACGAUGAGGUUUCUAGUUAAAGUAAAUGCAGUCACCAAGCCAGGAUCUGGAUACGAGGAGGACGAUUGGUUUGGGUAA